ACUUGGCUAAUGUAGAGUUGUCAGUUAACUGGACAGAUGUGGUACACAAGCCUUAUGGAUGUCGGGGAAACACCAAAGUACUCGAAGAAAAUCCACACAGACUGCUUUUCCAGAGUGAGCUGGAGAAAAAACAGUUCUUGGGUGAGACUCGUGGCCGAGUUUUAUUUUAAUUUGUGCUUUCACUUUCUCCUGUUCUCAGUUUUCCAAAAUUCAGACCUCCUGAAUGAGAGUCAUACAAUCAAACAAAACUGGGGAAAGCAUUGAGUUUUGGCUAUGUGUCAUUUUAUCAUCUAACCCGUAAUCUUCUUUUUUUCAGAAUGGAUGCAGAUUUGUAAAGCAGCUGCUCGUGUGACUCUGGACCCUGAAACUGCACACCCCCGCCUUGUCGUGUCUGCAGAUGGUCGUUGUGUACGAGAUCAGCAUAAAGAUCAGAACGUCUCUGACACUCCACUCAGGUUUGACACCUGGCACUUUGUCCUGGGGAGGGAGAGUUUCACCUCAGGACAGCACUACUGGGAGGUGGAUGUGAAGGAGAGGACUUGGUGGUAUUUGGGUGUCGUCAGUGAGUCUGCACAGAGGAAAGGACGAGUGAGUCUGAAACCUCAGUCAGGAUACUGGAUUGUGAGGCUGUAUAGUGAUGAGCUGACUGCACUGACUGACCCUGAGACCCCACUGCGACUGAAAGCGAUACCCCAGAAGGUAGGGAUGUACCUGGAUUGUGAUGAGGGGCGCCUCUCAUUUUACAGUGUGGAGGACCGCUGGCACAUCCACACCUUCAAUGGAGGCGUCACUGGGAAACUGUAUCCACUGUUUGAUCCUGGAGUUGACGGAGAAGAGCUUGAGAUCCUGCAGCCUGGAGAUGAAACAAACCACUCUGUCCAGCACAAGGAAGUUGUCUAAUGGUGCUUGCGAUUAUUCUCUAAAUUGAACUCUGUCAUUGUACACUUAAGAUUCUUGUGGAAUACCAUUUUUUAAACAUUUUUCAUGAAAAUAACAAAAACAAAGUGUUUUGAAAGGUAACAGCGAUAUUUCUGAUGCUGACACGUUAAAUAAACACAAUGAACUGUGGGCUCAUUCUGAGAUUGGGUUAACUAUUUUAAAAGUCGAGUGUUUUUAAUUUUUUAUGUACUUCAUCAAAGAGACAUUUUUGUUUAUUAAAUAUUUUUUCAGGGUGGUGUGUGUGACAGAGGUUUGCUCAGACUGCCACACCGCUGUUUGUACAGGCAGCACAUUAAUAGACAAGUGUAUGAGUCUCUGGCCAUUUUAAUAGCUUGGACUAAAUAAUGAGGACCAGUUUGCUGAUGGGUAUGGCUAUCUGAUAUGUAAACAAAAAAAUAUACAAAAAAAUACAAAAUAUAUACAGUAUACUGAAGUGACACUCAAAGGUAAAUAUGAAACAGUAAACUAAUCUGUAAUUGAA